AUGGCUAUUGAAGGCAUAUGCUCAACUAAAGCCCCAAGCAUGAGAGGAGAACAAUUGAAAGCAAUUCCGGUUGGCUGCUAUCUGCGAGCUCAUCCUACAGAAUCUCCCAUGCAAAUGUAUUUUACAGUCUGUACAAACUUACUCAAUGACCUUGGCGUACUUAGCCUUGAUCUCAUCGUAAGGCUUCAACUCAAAUCCCCAGGCCUCCUCACCUGGUCUAGUCUCGUAGUAUUUCUUGAUGUCCACGCCAUGGUAUGGGUGGUAAGCCAUGUUAAACCAUGGCACGAAAGCCAUGAGAAGGAACGAGUAUUGCGAGUUUCUAUUGGCAAUAUCCUUCAUCUUGUCAUCCAACUUGGACUCGUUCUCGUGGUAUGGCAACUUCUCCUCCGACAACAAUUUCUUGAUCUCAUAUCUGUCCUUCUUGACUUCUCUGGCGUUCUCGGACCAGCCCAAGAAACGCUUGGACGAUCUAACAUAUGCAAGACAGAAACCACCAAGGAGACCAAUCAAGGUGGCACCUCUCAAAAGAGUGGGAGGGAGCUUGGCAGGCUUCUUGAAGGAGCCUGCGAUUGGGUCCAAUUUCUCCCAAGCCAUCAUGGAAAGUGGGACAGCAGCGGUUCCAGCGGCCCAGAUUCCAAUGUCGGAAGGUCUCAUGUAGGAGAUGACUCUGCCGUAGUAUGGGUCGACAUCUAUGAGCUCAUAGUCGCUGUGAGGAGGCUCGCCCCUCACGGGUUCGUAUGA